UCGAGCUAUCCUGAAUGUGUCGAUUUUUACGGUAGUUUGCAGUGUUUUUGCCUAUCCUGAAAACGAUGUUCGGUUGCCUUUCUGCCUUAAUUGUAGACCUGUUUCCUUAAGUUUCGGCCGUCGGUCCUGCCCACUUUUCUUGGUGUCCCCGUCUCUCCUUCGCCAUGGCGUACCCGCUGUCGCCUCUCAAUCACGGUCGCAGAGCCUCCGAGGAGCAGGAUGUUUUGAACUCUUUUUCUGAUGCUCCUCUAAUGCAUUCAUUCAAUAUUUGUGAAGAAAUCGAAUCUGGUCCGCCUGACCAUAUACGGACUGACGUUUCUGGCGAAGGGCGGUUGGGAGCAACAUACGUUGUAACACCGUCACAAGAUGACAAUGUUCAAUUCGAAGGACAAAUCAUCGAUCGCACAAGUCACGCACCUACGUGUGCUAAGGACACUCGGAUAUCUGAUGAUUCAAGCACAUUCAGACAUCAAGCGACCUAUCAGUCAUCGUUAGACAAGCUCCGGACUCGAGAAUCAGCGAAGAGGUCAAGAUUAAUUCUGACCGCUCACCUGCAUCACUAUUUGCGUCAUUGGUGGAAAGAGUGGGCCCUACUCUUGUUUUCAUUGGGAGUCUUAGUUGCAAUUCCUGUAAUUUUAAGCCAUUUCAAUGGACAGCCCCAGCCAGUGUGGAGUUUAGGUCUGAAUCUAAGUACAAUCAUCGCAGUGCUUGCUACAUUGCUACGAAGUAGUCUUGCAACUGUGUCAGAGGAAGUAAUGAGUCAAGCGAAAUGGUCCUGGCAAAGUCAGCUCCGACCUGUGCGAGACCUCGCCCACUUUGAAGAAGCCAGUCGGGGACCACUUGCAGCAUUAUACCUCUUCAUCAACAUUCCGAAACUUCUUGGAUUGAAGUCGUUACUCUCCCGUAACUCUGUUGUUCCUGCAAGUACUGCCAUCUUACUGUCGCUCGCCAUUGGUGCAUUUACUCAACAAGCUAUAAAAUCUGUGCCAUGCAAGCGUGCGGUUCAGGGUAUUAACGCAACCAUUCCUGUCGCAAGAUAUGCUCACCCAUUUAUGAAUCAGUCUGAAAUUUCCUGGACUAAGUAUCGACUGGACGCGGCGACCAGAUCGAGAAUUAUGAAUGGGUUCAGUGAUCCAAACAGUAUCCGACCAAAAUUUCUUGAAAAUUGUCCAACUGGGGAUUGCAGCUUCGAGUCUUUGAACAAUAUAACGCAUGUUACGAGUGGAUUUUGCUCCAGAUGCGUGGAAACAACGAAUAUGUUGGUCAAAGAAGACCUGCCAGCCGACAGAGACCCUGAGUUGUUUCCCCAGGAGAGCAGUAAUCCACGCGAAUAUAUCGUAAGAUUACCGAAUCGACGGCCCCUUGUACUCUCUUGGAUACCUGAACACUUUGUCAGCCAGGGCAUGUCGGUUAAUAUCGAGGAAGUAUACAGGAUUCCAAAACCGGAGCCAUCUGACUUAUUACCAAGCAACGCUACUGUCACGAUGAACAUUGUUGCAGUCACACGUUCACCUUGUUCUCCAGGUUAUAAAUGCUCAGGUCUUUGGCCUGAUCCAGGAGAUGUAGGAAAUGGGGAAUGGAAAAAGUUGAACGUAGUGUCUGCCAGCUGUGGCCUGUACCCUUGUGCACAGCAUCUAAAAGCCGAAACGAGGAACGGCGAAUUCGUCGAAACCAUCAUUCACGAGGAGCUAUAUGGAACGACAGAGAAUAAUAUUCCGAAAGUAAACCCGAUAACAGCCCACUGGUGAUCGGCGAAGAGAGACAUAUCGAUAAUCUUCCCCCUUGUGCUUUUGGCGUAUCCGGUCCGUUCAU